AUGGAGGCCCUACCGUCACUUCGGAGAUAUGCCCUUACACAUAGCCGACGACCCCUGCGACAGACGGCUCCUUUGUUCCUGGACUUCCUAGCCCCGUCCGCCCCGCGACCGCCUUCAUCUCGUUACUUCUCCUCCGCACCGUCUACAUCAUCCAACGGAACCGAUGGCUCCGAAGCAGUCCCCAAGACGUCUACAGGAAAACCCAGAUACAUUCUCACCAAAAAACAACGAGAGUACCUGGAUAGUGCGAUUCGGGUCAACCAAGCCGGUGAACUCGCAGCGACGCUCAUCUACGCCGCUCAGACGCCGCCCGUGGUGCGGUCACAUCCUCAUCUGCGACCCCUGAUGAAGCACAUGUACGACCAAGAAGCGGGCCAUUUCUCUGCGUUCAACCAAUUGGUGGCGAAGCACCGCGUCCGGCCUACAGUGAUGUAUCCGAUCUGGGAGCUCGCGGCCACGUUCCUGGGCUGGUCCACCGGUAUUAUGGGCCGAGAAGCAGCGAUGGCAUGUACAGAAGCAGUCGAGACGGAAAUCGGCUCUCACUACAACGAGCAGGUGGCCGAGAUUCUCAGGUGGAUGGAGGAGGCUGAGCAGCGCGGCGAGGAGGUCGACGACGAGCUUAAGGAUCUGGUAGCGUUGUUGCGAAAGACCCGAGACGAGGAAUUGGAGCAUCUGGACCAUGCAGUAGAAAACGAUUCCAAGGAAGCCAAGCCAUAUGAACCGCUGGUUAACAUCAUCCGAUAUGGGUGCCGAGCUGCAAUCAAGAUAAGCGAACGGAUAUGA